AUGGAGAUUGAACUUGGCUUCAUUAAAUGGUGUUGCAGUAAACCUAUAAUCAAGGGCGUACAGGUAGAAUGUCUUGAUGGUCUUGAAGGGGAAUGUGAGGGUAAUCUGUCAUUCAAACAAGGAGAAAUUUUAACUAUCAUUAACACAAGAGAUGAUGGUUGGUGGGAGGCAGAAAAUAAAGAUGGAAAAAGAGGAACUGUACCUAAAACUUUCCUUCAGAUUAAAAAACAAAUAAAAAAUAGCAUUACAUUGCCAGGGAAUAGCAAUUCAAAAAAUGACGGAGAAAAACAUGAAAAACUCAAAGAAGAACUUGAAAGAAAACUAAAAUUAGCUAAAGAAGAAGAGGAGGAAAAAGAAGAAGAAGAUGAUGAAAGUGAAGAGGAUGAAAGUGAAGAGGGAGAUGAAGAGAAAGAUGAUAGUGAAGAUAAUAGUGAAGAUGAUAGUGAAGAUGAGGAGAAAACAACUAUUGAGGGCUCUUAUGCGGAAGGACUUGUUGAUUUUAAAGGUGAAAACGAGGAGGAUCUGUCAUUCAAACAAGGAGAAAUUUUAACCAUCAUCAGCAGAAGAGAGGAUGGUUGGUGGGAGGCAGAAAAUAAAGAUGGAAAAAGAGGAACUGUACCUAAAACUUUCCUACAGAUUAAAGAACGAAUCAAAAAUAGCAUUGCAUUGCUAGGCAAUUAUACAUCGCAAAAUGAUGGAAAAAAUCUUAAAGAAAAGUGUGAAAGUAAAACUAAAAUUAAGCCAGCUAAAGAAGAAGAGGAGGAGGAAGAAGAAGAAGAAGAAGAGGAAGAUGAGGAGGAGGGAAGUGAAGAGGAGGAGGGUGAAAGUGAAGAGGGAGAUGAAGAGAAAGAUGAUAAUGAAGAUAAUAGUGAAGAUGAGGAGAAAACAACUAUUGAGGUUAGUAAUAAAUAG